AUGUCUACCCGAGAAUCAGAUAGAAUCUCCUCGGCUCAGCAGACUUUAGACACUCUCUAUGAUAUUUCCCAACUAUUGAACACGCAGCUGGACAAGGAGACCCUCGCGACGUGCGUCGGCAUGAUCGAGAGUGGUGUCAACCCAGAGGCACUCGCGGCAGUCAUUCAGGAGCUGCGAAGAGAGAAUCAGACCUUGAGCUCGCAAUCG